ACUUCAAUCGCCCGCGAAUGCUGAACACGUUCGCAACUCAAGUGUGUCUGGCCACAGAAUGCUAUUGCUUUCUGCUCAGAAUUGAGAGUCUCGAGUGAAUCUUCGGUGUUUCAGUUCAGUGAAAACAAGAGUGAAAAAUGCAGAAGAAGGGAACGUCAAUUUCGCGGAAAUAUCCCUCGCUCAGGGAUAUUCCCAAGAGGACGCAAUACAGUUGGCUCGAGGGCCGCCGGAUGGACGAUGGCGCCGAAGGGCUGUGGAGAGUCCACGAUGGCAUUUAUGACUUGACUGACUUCGUGGACAAACAUCCAGGCGGUCGAGAGUGGCUCGAACUGACCAGGGGAACCGACAUUACGGAGGCUUUCGAAGCUCAUCACCUCAGCGAAGCUCCGGAGCGGCUUCUGGAGAAGUUCAGGAUUCGCGACGCCAAAGAGCCGCGGAACUUCACGCUCACGUUCAAGGAGGACGGCUUCUAUCGCACGCUGAAGCGAAGAGUGCGCGCCAAGCUGAAGACCAUCGACACUGUGACGCCGGCCAGGCUGUCCAAUCUCUACACAGACGUGCUCUUCGUGAUGACGUACGUGAUGGCCGUCGCGGCGGUGAUCACGAAGGGCUACUUGGUCGGCUUCUUGGCCGGCAUGACGCUGACUUUCGCGAUCAUCUCAGCGCACAACUACUUCCACCGCCGCAACAACUGGAGAAUGUUCAUCUUCAACCUGUCCUUCAUGAACUAUCAAGAAUGGAGAAUUUCGCACGCCUUGUCGCAUCAUUUGUACACAAACUCCCUGCAUGACCUGGAAAUAUCUCUGGGUGAGCCGUUCCUCUGCUGGCUGCCUGACCCCAAGAUAAAGAACUUGUUCCAGCGCUACGCGUCGUGGAUUUACGGCCCCUUCAUCUACUGCCUCAUCUACGUGACGGAGUUCAUCAAGAAGCUGAUUCUGUCCAAGAAUCGCCUGGGUUUGGACGAUCUGAUCCCAUUUUCCGUGCCUCUCGUCAUGUAUUUGGCCACCGGCGAGGCGCUGACGAGUGUCAUCAACACGUGGCUGUACAUCAUCUUCUCCGGCAGCUUCGUGUUCUCCCUCAUCGGCUUCAAUGCGUCGCACCAUCACAGCGGCGUCGUGCACGAGGGCGACGCCGUUCGGGAGAACUGUGACUGGGGAAUCUACCAGAUGGACACGGCAAUGGACAGGAAUGACAUCAACAAGUCACACUUCUUCACGCUGACAUUCUUCGGCCAGCACAUUCUUCACCACAUCUUCCCAACGCUCGAUCACGGCGUGCUGGCGCAGCUUCAGCCCGAAUUCGUGCAGACGCUGAAGGAGUUCGAGUACGACUUCAAGGAGUGCAGCUGGUUUGAGCACAUCAUCGAGCAGCACAAGCAAUUGGCGCGCAUUCAGCCCAGAACUGAGUUUGUUGGACAGCUGAAGAAGACCAAGUGAAUCGCGGCUCAAUCCGCGCACGCUAAUGAGAAGGCACACAAAUUUCCUACUCGAGUAAUUCAAAUACUUGACUUGAAAUACUUCUUAAUGGGUUUCAAUGAGUCAUAAAUUUUCUUAUGUCAGUGUGAGUUUAUACAUGGAAUUAAAAGUGAAAUGAAGUAAGAAAGAAGGUUUGUUGUAUAGAAAA